UGAAAGGAGAGCUUUUGCACCUGUGUUGCUUGCCUUUGUCCUUCUUGGUAAAGUUUUUGCAGCUCUCGCUGGCACUCGAUUCAUCCACCUCGGCGGACCUGUUAUCACUCCAAAGCCCGACACAUUUGAGAUCGAUUGCGCAAGUGAUGGAAGCAGGGGGAUGUUGUGUAUUGAGCGCCGACUUUACGCUUUAAAACUCUUGAUGGCCUCGACUGUUUGCCGUUAACAUGUGCCAGCUACUUCAACCGACGUCUGGAAGCUCCUGAUACUCAGGUCUUCCCCUCUUUAAGCCCCCGAGGCGGCUCCUCCAGGCUUUGAUGCCCAGGCUCUAUAAAGCAGGUGGACAGACACAGGCAUGAGUAACAGUGGGACCAAAGAGCCGUCUCCCCAGCCGAGCACUGCCCAGUCACCUCCUGAGCCUCCGCGCAGGGGGAGGGGUCGGCCACGGAAACAGCAGCAGGAGCCUGUUGGACCACCGACUCCAAAGCGACCAAGAGGACGACCGAAAGGCAGCAAGAACAAAGGCCCCAGAACUGCACUGAAGAAAGUAGAGCCCGUUGGGGAAAGACGACCACGUGGGCGACCGAGGAAAUGGCCUCAGAAAGUAGUUCAAGAAGUAACUGAAGAGCAGCAGGGCCCUUCAGAAGAGGCUGAGGAGGGUCCCUCACAGCCCUCGUCAUCUCAGGUUCCAGCACAGGAGGAAGGGGAGUAGAUGGGACACGUCUCUACCUACCUCAAGGUUUGGCCUCAAACGAACAGGAGUACAGUCUGACUCCUAUCUGUGAUGGGGAUUCAGGAACACACACACACACACACACACACACACACACACAAACACACAAACACACAAACACUCAUACACACACAAAAUCAUUGCACACCAUGGUUUCUUCUCAAGUGGAAUAAUCUACCCUGGAUUUGUUGGUUCACUAUAAGAGUUUGGUGAACAUCUCUCUUUCAACAUUGAAGAAUUUGAUUGUUGAAUAGGGCUUUUGUAAUGUAUUAGUUUUCCCAUUUUGGGAAAUACGCCCUAAUGCUCUGCAAGAAAACUAAGAAGCAUAUUUCCGAAAUUGUUGGACUAUUCUUUUAAGAAUUCCUGCUUUCCUGAACCCCCCAGCAUGAGUCUGUGUGCCUGAGUGUAUGUGUGGUGGUCUUUCGGAGAAGGGGACAGGUUUGCGAGCUAAAAUGAGUGGGGGGUUAAGAAAAAAAAAAAAGGAACCAAACUGAACCGUUUUAUUGAAACAUGUUUCUGAUUCAAGUGUCAUGAAUCCUCAUAUGAAAUGGGAGCAAGACAGUGACAUUUUUGCAAUGUUACAAUAUAAACAUGGUGCGCUGAAGUCAUUAUUAUGAAAGUAGAUGUGAAAGGUUUUAUUCCUAAAAUGAAAUAUCCAAAUGUCUCGUGUUCUUUGCAUUGAAUUACAUCAGCUCAACUGUCAGUGUAAGCAAAAGUAUUCAUAUUGUUAAUAACCUCAGUGAAAUACUUUUUUUUCUUUUUUCCUGCCCACCAGCAGCUGAUGUAAGAAAAAAGCGCCCAAAGGUUUAAAAGGAUGUAUCAUUUUGGAAAGAACCCUUCAUAUAUACUAUAGUCAACAACAGUGUUGACAAGUCAUUUUACCACACUCAGGAUUUCACUAUUACAGUGCUUUUACACCAUAUUGAAACCUCAGGUACAAAACUAUUCAGGAACAUGUUGUCAGUCUACUCAGUAAUAAUUAUUGUGCUGUGUUUAUUGUGCAUUUCGGAUCUGUAUUUGACAUUACCAGUAUGCCUUGACACAAAGACCUCAUUUAAACCUCAGUUAUCCUCAGUUUCUCAAUCUCUCAUUCUACCUCAGUAACACAAAAGACAGAAUAUCCCUAACAAAGUAAUUCUCCACUCCCUCAGCAGUGACACACACAUUUACUGUAAACACACACGCAGGGCCAUGUGCAGAUAUUACAACACAGACAGGCAAAGGGGUUUUCAGGCCUACACACAAACAAACACACAGACGUUACACUCCAGUAGAGGAUUUUACUAUCGGUGUACAAAUAAAAGCAUCAGUGUAAUUUCUUUUUUUAAAAAUGUAUUGGUUAAAAGCUGAACUGAGACUUGGUUUGUUCUCCUG